AUGGCCUUCCGAAUUAUUAGAUCGAUCAGUGUUCCUAAGUUCAAGCCGCCUGAAGUUGUUCUUCGAGAUUUGGCAAGAAUCGGACGAAUUCGUGGUGGAUUCGGGGGUUCGGGGGCUGAGCGAAGAGGUGAGCGAGGAGCGGCUGUCGAUCAAUCGCAGACGACAACCACCACCGUGAAUACGAUCGAUCGAUGGUUCGGAAUUGUCCUGUUGCCGACCAAGCCUGUUAUUGAAAAUAUUUUAAAAGUAGCAUUAUUAUCACUAUUAUUAGCGUCAGUAAAGGAUGAAGGAGCUGGUCUAGUUCGGUUUCGAACCAUCGACGGUGCGGCCGCAGUGGGCCUCUUACCGACUGCGCUACAACAGCCCCUAUUAUUAUUAUUAUUAUUAUUAUUAUUAUUAUUAUUAUUAUUAUUAUUAUUAUUAUUAUUAUUAUUAUUAUUAUUAUUAUUAUUAUUAUUAUUAUUAUUAUUAUUACUAUUACUAUUAUUAUUAUUAUUAUUAUUAUUAUUAUUAUUAUUAUAG